AUGGUAGAUAGUGUAUCACAGCAACGAGGGAGAGCAAGAGAUACAUCCGAUUUCCUCUGGGAGGACUCCGCGAAGGCAAAUGCUCUGAAUAUACAUAACCCAUUACCAACGAAAAUAUCUGGCGCAUUGACGCAAGAGCAGAUUGUGGCAUACCAGGUUAUGUAUAGAAUCCAAGAAAUCACUUCUAGGCUAAGAACGAAUGAUCUAACUCCUCCAUAUCGUCGCAGCCGGUCACCAUCUCCACCCCCAGUCUACGAUGCCCGUGGCAAAAGAACGAACACCAGAGAACAGAGAUACAGAAGAAAGUUGGAAGAAGAAAGGCAUCGAAUGGUCGAGAUUGCUCUAAAAAUGAUUCCACAUUUCGUUGCUCCAGAUGACUACAAAAGACCGACAAAGUUUCAAGACAAAUAUUACAUCCCUAUUGAUCAAUAUCCAGAUAUCAAUUUCAUGGGACUUUUACUAGGGCCUCGUGGUAAUACGCUGCGCAAAUUGCAAGAAGAUUCAGGCUGUAAAAUCGCGAUUCGAGGACAAGGCUCCGUUAAAGAGGGUAAAAAUGCCUCUGAGUUACCGAAAGGUGCCAUGAACUUUGAAGAGCCUCUCCACUGUGUAAUAACUGCAGAUAGUGAGGAAAAAAUUCAGAGAGGUAUCAAAGCUUGUGAAAAUAUAGUGGUGAAAGCUGUGACAUCACCCGAAGGCCAGAAUGAUCUCAAACGUGGACAAUUACGUGAACUGGCUGAAUUAAAUGGUACUUUACGAGAGGACAAUAGACCAUGCCCAAUAUGCGGUUUACAGGGCCACAAAAGAUUCGAGUGUCCUAACAGGACGUCGUUCGCUCAAAAAAUUGUCUGCAAAAAUUGCGGGCAACCUGGACACGCCACUCAAGAUUGCACCUUUUCUAAUGCCACUGACAGAUUUGACCCAAAUUCAAAUAGCCCAGCUCAUGUGUACCAACGAAACGCCGAGUUUUCCAACAACGUGAAUAAAAGACCAUUUUACGGUAAUCAGAGUGAGCAAGCGGAUUGGAAAAGGCAAAAUUUUGGUGAGACCUCAACAACCUCAAGGUACAGAACGUCAGAAACAAGAUAUGGUAUAUAUGAUAGCCCGGCCUCUACUGUCACCUCUUACCGGUCGCGGCAAACGCGUGGGAAAUCACCAGCAAAUGACUCUCUUCCCCUCAGCGUGCCGUAUAACCGGGGCAAUCCUGCAACAAUUCCUCCUUUCGAUUCCGCGCUAAGUUCUUCUACUGCAGCGCAUCAAGAUACACAAAGAUUCUCUCCCGAGAAAUCUGAUGUCAGCUCUGCUUCUGUAGUUUCUUCAAAUGAUCAGACUUUGCCACCUGGGCUCAGUACAAUUCCUGGCAUAGGCAAUGCGCCGGGAAUUGAGGGCCCGCCUGGACUCGCCGGACCUCCUGGCUUAGAGGCUCCUCCAGGCUUAAAUACUUCAUUUGGAGGAUCUACUAUUCAAACGGACUCCUCUGAGUCAAAACCAAGUUUGUCAGGUCCACCGGGAUUGAGCGGACCCCCAGGCUUAUAA